AUGUCAACAUCACCAUCAUCAACAUCACCAUCUACAGACACCGCAGCAGCAGCAGCUGCUGCCAACCCACUGGCCGGAGGAUGUCCAGUGGCCCAUGAUAUCAACCCAACCAACAACAUGUACAGACCUAAUCAAAAACCACAUCCAGAGCAGAAGCUACCCUUGGGCACAGAUCGUAUUAAAUCAUCGAUACCAAGAACUGAGAAGGAUAACUGGGAGUACCCAUCACAACAGAUGUUCUUCAAUGCGAUGAAGAGAAAGAACUACCAACCAGAUGAACAAGACAUGCAGGUAGUCAUCGCCAUUCAUAAUACAGUCAAUGAGAAAUGUUGGGAUCAUGUUCUAGAAUGGGAGAAGGAGUUCAAAGAUGAAUGCCCAAACCCAAAGUUGAUCAAGUUCAGAGGCAGAGCACAGGACUUUAGUCCAAAGGCUAGAUUGUUGAACUUUGUUGGAUACAAGCUGCCGUUUGAUCGUCAUGAUUGGACAGUGGAUCGCAAUGGCAAACAGGUGCGAUACAUCAUUGACUUUUACGAGGGCAAGUUGGACAAGGAGACCAACAAGUCGGUUGGCAUCUAUCUCGAUGUCAGACCUGCCAUUGAUGAUGUCCAGAGUCUGAAAUCAAGAUUAAUGAAUCUAUUCAAUUAA